UGAAUCUCGACAUCCUGUUAGCAUGUUCCCCCCGAGACCCCACGCUAUCUGAGCAGACGUUCGGGUCAGCGCAAAGCGGGGUAGGUUUGUCGUUGAGGCUGUGAAACAGCUGAGGUAUCCCAACGACGCUUCUCUCUCCUUUAAAUUGACCGCGCCCCCCUGCUAUUGCUCUUUCCCAUCCUCACUCAUCCUCCACGCAAUGGCAGACCCAAUAAGCCUAGCUUCGGGCCUCCUGGCCUUGGUUACAUUUGCGCUCAAAUCGAGCACCGUGCUCUAUGAUACGGUCCAGAGCUAUCGCAGCCAUCCCAAGAAUGUGCGCGAUCUCAAGGACGAGCUUGAAGCUCUCGCUGGAGUCUUGCAAGCGUUAUCCGAGACGGUGAAGCAAAACAAGGACACAGAUUUUACGGCUCUUAAGCUACCAUUACUCCGAUGCGGAAAUGCCUGCGGGGAGUUCGGCGAGGCGCUUGCGCAUUGCUCGUCGCGCUCCGGUGGAUCUAAAACAAGCUUUCGCGACUGGGCGAAGCUGAAGUACAUGGGCGACGGUAUCGACGAGUUUCGGAGGAUGCUGGCUGGGUACAAGUCAACCAUAAACAUCGCGCUCGCUGACGCGAACCUCCGACAAUCCUCCGUCACCAUCGAAGGCCUUGAAACAUACAAAGUUAUGAUCAAGGACGCCACGGCCGAUCUUGAAGAUCACCUCAAAAGCAUCGAUUCAAAGCUCGAAUCCACUUUCUCACGAGCCGCCGAUGAGUCUGCCGGGGACGCGACGCAAAUGCGGCAGAUGCAGGAGGAGAGGUCGAGCACGCAGCAGGGCCUCGCCAUUUGCGCUCAGUUGUCGGCUCAUAUCGCCCGGGUCCAGCCCCGGUUAGCAGCUGAUCACGGCCAGGGGUCUACCGAUGCCCGCGCGGUGCCUCCUGCUGUGGCCGAACGUAUCACCAGGGAAGGCCUAGAGGAAUGUCAAGACGCUCUCAUCAACACGGCGAACCGGUUAGAGAAACACCUGAAGAGCAUAAUGGACCGGCUGAUGGCGAGGUCCAAGACAGCUUUAUCGUCGCCCCAGGCCGCGGCCGACCUCGAAAGGCUACAGGAGGAAUGGGAGACGGCAAGGCUCUGUCUGGACAUCUGCUCCAAGGCGAACGAGAACACGACAAAACGUCAAGGGGGACGAGGAGGUUAUGCAGUUCUUCGCCUCUACAACCGGAAAGAUCGUACAUGCCAAGGACAUAUCCCUAGGGCCCCGGGGGGUGCAGUUCGGGGGGCAACUCAGCGAUGCGUCGAUCCAACAGAUUUCGCGGGACUUUUCUCGCGCCGACAACAUGGCGCCAGCAGAUGCGACGCCAAGGGAUGCGACACCAGAGGUGGUCACACCGGCGGAUGCCGCUGGCGUCGCCGCGUUUUACGAUCGUUACGGUUCAGGCUUUAAGCUUGCUCUGCAAGAAUCUCAAGAAGACGCUUUGUCGUCGGCGACGGGGCAGCGGCGACAUUGAGAGACGGGGCCUUCGGCACAUAGAGGGGCUUAUUAAGUUCUGUUUUACCCUGAAUCGAGCAAGAGUGGACAGAACACGGGAUGUCGAUUGAAACUCUGCCGGUAAUCCUCUAUAUUCUACGAUCAACAAACUUGCAUCUCCGAGUUCUUCAGGGCAGAAAGAAGCGUGUAUAGCGAGGAGU